UGUAUUGUGGUUUACUUAAUGAAAAGACCUCACCUUAAAUCAAUAAAGGAAUGACAAAAGCCUCAAAUGGAACGUGAAGUAAUAUGUGCACAGGGCGUUGUUGGACAGAGGCUUUGUUGUCACAGGUGGAGCAAUCGUCUUUAUCGAAGACUUAAGCUUGUAAAAGCUGACGUUUUGAGACAUGCGCCAAGCCAUUUUUUCAAAAAGGUAUAAAAGCCGACAUUUUCCCCUUUCAGUCUCGACACAUAUACCACUCGCUCAAUCAGUGUCGAUCUUCCAUUUUCCUCUUCAACGACUAACCACCUCUUAGAACUGCAAACAUGAGCAAGCUAGAGACAGCUGUGGCCCUCCUAUUGGACACCUUUGAUACAUAUGCUGGUACAGAGGGCAAAAAGGACUCCCUAAGCAAAGCUGAGGUGAAGACUUUGUUGGAGAAGGAGCUGCCUGGACUGCUCAAGGGUGCCAAGAACCAAGCCGAGGUGGACAAGCUGUUGAAAGCUCUGGAUUUUAACGGAGACUCUGAGGUUGACUUCCAGGAAUUUGUGGUGAUGGUAGGCGCUCUCGCCUGCGCCUGCCAUGGCCGCAUUUGUCAGAAGAACAAUAGUGCAAAGAACCAAGCCAGGGUGGAAGAGCUGCUGAAAGAACUGGAUUUUGACGGAGACUCUGAGGUCGACUUCAGCGAAUUUAUGAUGCUGAUAGCUGUUCUAACCUCAAACAUGAGCAAGCUAGAGACAGCUGUGGCCCUCCUGUCGGACACCUUUGAUACAUAUGCUGGUGCAGAGAGCAAAAAGGACUCCCUAAGCAAAGCUGAGGUGAAGAAGUUGGAGAAGGAGCUGCCUGGACUGCUCAAGGAUACAAAGAACCAAGCCGAGGUGGACAAGCUGCUGAAAGCUCUGGAUUUUAACAGAGACUCUGAGGUCGACUUCCAGGAAUUUGUAGAGACGGUAGGCGCUCUCGCCUGUGCCUGCCAUGGCCGCAUUUGUCAGAAGAAGUGA